AUGAAAAGCGGCACGCCGCCGGAGCGGCACCCCACGCCGUGGGGGCUGAUCGGCCGCCCCCCUAUCCACCCCGACGCCUACCUCCGCGAGGACCUCUGCUUUCAGAUGUUGGAGUGCUGCCAGACCAAAGGCCCCCCUCUCGAGCGAAUCUCCCGCGUUCUCCACUCGGAGGUGCCGAUCGUCCGUCUUUACGGCGUUACCGCGCGUGGGGAGAGCGUGUUAGCGCAUUGCUACAACUACGAGCCUUAUUUAUGGGUGGAGGCGCCCCCAGGGUGGGUGCCCGCGUACGCCGGGAUCUUUCGCGGCAAAUUAAACGCGUAUUUUCUCGCGCAAGGGAUGCCGGAGGCGGUGGUGCGCGUGGAGCUCCACCAACGGCGGAGUGUGAUGUUCUUCGCCGAGGCAGGGCUCACCCCACAUCUACGGAUCGUCGUGCAGCUCCCACAACACAUCCCGAAGCUGCGGGUGUUGCUCUCGGAGAUCGGGGUGGAGUGCGCGGAGGCGUGGGUGGGGAUUCGGACUUUUCCGACCUUUGAAAGCAACGUGAUCUUCCCGCUGCGGUUUCUCGUGGAUAACGAGAUGGGCGGCUGCAACUGGGUGACCAUCCCGCGUGGGGAGUUCAUCGCGUACGCGUGCAAAACGUCCACCUCGCAGAUCGAGAUCGCCUGCUCGCACGAGGCGGUGCACAAUCACGAGCCGACCGGGGCGUACCUCUCCAUCGCGCCGUUUCGGAUUCUCUCCGUGGAUAUUGAAUGCCAAGGCCGGAAAGGGCUCUUCCCGGAGCCGGAGCAGGAUCCGGUGAUUCAGAUUUGCAAUCACUGCGUGGAGUACGGCAACGAGGCGGCGCCGCUGGCGAAGGCGGCGUUUUGUCUAAAAAGCUGCGCACCGAUCGCGGGGGCGAACGUGUACGCGUACGAAACUGAAGCGGAGCUACUGUUGGCGUGGGUAAGCUUCUUAAAGACGCUGGAUCCGGAUAUUUUGACGGGGUAUAACAUCUGCAACUUUGACUUUCCCUACCUGCUAAGCCGUGGCACUGCGCUGCGUGUGGAGCGGCGUUUUCACUUUUGGGGGCGCCAAAUUCACGAGUGCACGAUCGCCCGGGAUAAAAAGUUUCAAUCCAAGCAGAUGGGCAACCGCCGGUACACGGAGAUCACGUUGGAAGGGCGGAUCGUGAUGGACGCGAUGGUGGUAAUCCAGCGGGAUCACAAGCUCCGCUCGUACUCCCUCAACGCGGUAUCCCAGCACUUCCUUGGCGAGCAAAAAGAGGACGUCCACCACUCCAUCAUCGCGGAUCUCCAGCAAGGCAACGACGAAACGCGCCGGCGAUUGGCGAUUUACUGCUUGAAGGAUGCCUACCUCCCGGUGAAGCUGCUGGAUCGCCUGAUGUGCAUCGUCAACCACGUCGAGAUGGCGCGGGUAACCGGGGUGCCGAUCGGAUGGCUGCUCGAGCGCGGGCAACAGAUCAAAAUCUUCUCCAUGCUUCUCCGAAAAUCGCGAAAACGAAACCUGGUCAUCCCUUCCAUGGAGUACGGCGGCGGAAACGAUCACGGCUACGAGGGCGCGACGGUGAUUGAGCCGAUCAAAGGGUUUUACAACUGCCCCGUCGUCACCCUCGACUUCGCCUCGCUGUAUCCGUCCAUUAUGAUCGCACACAACCUUUGCUACUCGACGUUGGUGCCCAAGCGGAACGUCGGGGCGUACCCCCCUGAGAUGGUGGAGCGCUCCCCGAGCGGGGAUGUGUUUGUCAAAAAAGACGUCUUCCCCGGGGUGUUGCCGGAGGUGCUGCAGGAUUUACUCGCGGCGAGGAAACACGCGCGCGCAAUGAUGAAGGAUUGGCCGAUGCAUUCCCUGGAGUAUAAAGUCCUGAAUGGUCGUCAGCUCGCGCUGAAGGUGAGCGCGAACUCCGUCUACGGCUUCACCGGUGCGCAGUUCGGUAAGCUGCCGUGUUUGGAGAUCAGCUCCUCCACGACGGCGUAUGGACGACAGAUGAUUGAGCAGACGAAGAACCUCGUGGAAGAGUUAUACCCGACGACGAAGGUGCUUUACGGGGAUACGGAUUCCGUCAUGAUUAAAUGCCUCACCGACGAAAACGCGCCGGAUAAAGAACGGCUGCAGGUCGCGAUGGAUUUCGGCAAAACCGCCGCCGAUUGCGUUUCUAAGCACUUCCUCCAGCCAAUCAAGCUGGAGUUCGAAAAGGUGUACUUUCCCUAUCUGUUGAUGAACAAAAAGCGCUACGCCGGAUUGCUGUGGACGAACACGGCGAACUACGACAAGCUCGACGCCAAAGGAAUCGAAACGGUGCGGCGGGAUAACUGCCCGCUCGUCGCGCGCGUGAUCUCCGGCGUGCUCAACCGCAUCCUCAUCCACCGCUCGGUUGAGAGUGCGGUGGAGUUCGUGAAAGGCACGAUCAGCGAUCUCCUGCUUAAUCGGUUGGAUAUCUCGAAUUUGGUGAUCACCAAGGCGUUUUCGAAGUGGGAGGACGAGUAUGUCGGGGCGCAGGCGCAUAUUAAGCUCGUCGAGCGAAUGCGGCAACGCGAUCCGGCGUCGGCCCCGACCAUCGGCGAUCGCGUCGCGUACGUCAUUAUUAAAGCCGAAAAAGGCGCGAAGGCCUACGAACGAAGUGAGGAUCCGAUCUACGUCCUGGAAAACAACAUCCCGAUCGAUACGCAGCACUACCUCGAGCAUCAACUCGCGCAACCCUUGCAGCGCGUCUUUGAGGCCGUCCUGGACGACCCGCGAAUUCUCAUCCAUGGCGAUCACACCCGCCAUAUCGCGAUCGCGGCGCCGAGCAAAACCGCGAGUGGGCUGAUGAAAUUCGUGAAACUUCACGCGCAGUGCGUCUCCUGUCGUGCGAUUCUCAAAGACGAGGAAGGGGCGUUGUGCGCGAGCUGCAGCGAUCGCGCGCCGGAGGUCUACGGCCGGAUCGUCGCCAAACGCAACCACUACGAGGCGAUCUACGCGCAGGUCUGGACGCAAUGCCAGCAAUGUCAAGGCUCGCUCAAUCAGGAGGUGAUCUGCACGAGUAGAGAUUGCCCGGUGUUUUACGCCCGCAAGAAGGUCCAAAAGGAUCUGUACGAGCAGCAAAGCCUGCUCGAUCGCUUCGGGGUGGUCAAUGAUUGGUAG